GGUCAACGCUUCGUUCUUUUCCUUCUCAUUGGAUGAGGCCGAGAAGGUCACAUACUAUGAGAACCUGUGGGAAAUUUGGGUGAGAAAUCACGCCCAGCUCAACAACUACACUCACUGCUUGGACUGGGUAGAAAGCAGCUAUUUUGGCAUGAAGCCUUUUCAGGAGCAUGCCCACCCAACGAGCAUGGCGGAGGCAAGAGAGCGGAGCGCGUACUUUCUGCUGAACUCUCUGCGUGUGGACGAGGGGUCUCCGCUCUACGGCGACGUGUCGGUGGUUUUGCUGCCCAGCUUCGCACGUCGGGUGUCCGUCCUUUCGCCUUUUGACUCUGGCAGUUGGAGUGGUUUGUGCAACCACUCCUUUGUGACGCCGAACACCAGCUAUGCACACAACUGCAGUGCUUUCUCUGGACGCGGUGGUCUUGGCACCUUCCAGGCCUUCGAUCAUCUCUUCGAGAUCAACGAGAGGUAUUGGGCCAAGCCGGAGGCCUUCCUGCAGCCGCUGGCGCGCUUGCUGGGCCCGGAAGGUUCCACCGGGCUGGUGGGCGAGAACUUUGUGCAGUACUUCGAGGUGCUUCCAACUGCACGAGUCGAGUUCACCCAUGUGAAGUUCAUCAUUGCCGCGUUUCCAAGCCUAUUUGGCACAGAUCGGGGCGAGCGGGUCCAGCGCUGGUGUCGGAGGAACGGCUUGAUGCUAGUCUGGUCUCUGGGUCUCAAUGUCGGCUUCACUACAGAUCAUGGCAUGCCGCACUUCUGGGAUGUGCAGAAGCAGCGGGGCCCAUUCUACAGCAACCAGCGCCUCAUGGAUCCUGGUGUGCUGAGGACUUCCUCCCUGAACGCGACGGCGGCAGCCGAAGAUGUUGCUGCUUUCUCCGCGGCGUGGCAACUGCUGGCUUCAGAAAGACGGAGGCACCUAGAGCCGGCAGACUUCAACCGCCUGUGGGCGUCUUUGACUGCCAAUCUGUCACACAGUCUACAGAUUGCCCCUCUGCGGGCUGCUUCCUGUGCGGAUUUGGACCGCUGCAUUGGUGUCACCCGGCUCGGGUGCUUAUGCAAGAAGGAAGCUGCCGUUGUCGUGUGAGCCAAGCUGUGCGACAAGAGGCCCAGCAUCAGUUCUUUGAGUGUAAAGUAAUGGCCACAAAGAGCGGAUUGGGCAGAAGGGUCCAGCCGCCAGAGUGUUGCCCUGACAGCCAAUAUCUCAAGUAUUUAGAUUGCCCGAGACAAUCUCGGGACUGUAGAUAGAGCACAGUUUUCCUGGCACAGGCCCAUUGCUUGGCCAACGAGUGCCUAGUGAGAUCCUUGUGCCUGCCGUGUAAGGUCAACAUUAAAGGGUGCUGAGAUAGCCGGGUGGCUCUUAGAUCUCCUCUACCCCAUCACUUUGCAACUGCAUGCAGCUUGCAUCCCAUAUCUUGCGCAUCAUUUUGGCUGACGCAUCGUGUCGCAUCGCAACGGGGUUUGAAGUUUGGAUCUGCCGAGG